AUGAGUGGACGGGCCAGAGUGCGGGCGCGAGGCUUUGCCCGCAGCCCCAGCGCUGUGGAAGCGGGGCGCCUGCAGGCCAUGCAGACGCCUACCUCUGUUGGUCUUAUUGACAAUGAAGUACCCUCUAGCAGUGGCCUCAUGGGGACAAGCACAACAUCACAGAAAUAUGCAAGUGGUAUAUCUGGUGAUGCCGGCAACGCUUCCAUGGAAAGAGCUGUGAAAAUCAGGCAGGACGUAAUGGAUUUGGGUGUCUGUACCAGAGAGAAAUUGGCCCAUGUGAGAGACUGCAAAACAGGUUCCAGUGGGAUACCUGUGAAACUGGUGACAAAUCUCUUUAGUCUGGAUUUGCCCCAGGACUGGCAUCUAUAUGAGUAUCAUGUGACAUACACUCCAGAUUUAGAGUCCAGGAGGCUCAGAACUGCGUUGCUUUAUAAUCAUCGGAAACUUUCCAAUAGAGCAAAAGCCUUCGAUGGUGUCAUCCUUUUUCUCUCACAAAAGCUGGAAGAAAAGGUCACAGAAUUGUUGAGUGAGACUCAAAGAGGCGAGACUGUAAAGAUGACUAUCACUCUGAUGAGGGAGCUGCCGGCAAGUUCCCCUGUGUGCAUCCAGGUCUUCAAUAUCAUCUUCAGAAAGAUCUUAAAAAAGUUGUCCAUGUACCAAAUUGGACGAAACUUCUAUAAGCCUUCUGAGACCCUGGAAAUUCCCCAGCACAAAUUGUCUCUUUGGCCUGGAUUUGCCAUUUCUGUAUCACAUUUUGAAGGCAGGCUUCUAUUUAAUGCUGAUGUGAGUUAUAAAGUACUCCGGAAUGAGACUGUUCUGGAAUUUAUGACUGGCCUCUGCCACAGAACGGGAAUGUCCUGCUUCACCGAGACGUGUGAGAAACAGCUGCUUGGGCUCAUUGUCCUUACAAGAUACAAUAACAAAACCUAUCGUAUCGAUGACAUUGACUGGUCAGUGAAGCCCACGCACACCUUCCAGAAGCGGGAUGGCACUGAAAUCACCUAUGUGGAUUACUACAAGCAGCAAUAUGAUAUUACUUUAUCCGACCUGAAUCAGCCAGUGCUUGUUAGUCUGUUGAAAAGCAAGAGACAUGACAACUCGGAGCCUCAGAUGGCCCACCUGAUACCCGAGCUCUGCUUCCUGACAGGGCUCUCUGACCAGGCAACCUCUGACUUCCGAGUAAUGAAGGCUGUGGCCGAAGAAACGCGUCUCAGUCCUUUGGAGAGGCAGCAGCGUCUGGCCAGGCUUGCUGACAACAUCCAGAGAAACAAGGAUGCUCGCUUUGAGCUGGAGACCUGGGGGCUGCAUUUUGGAUGUCAGAUGUGUCUGACUGGUCGGGUUGUGCCUUCAGAAAAAAUACUAAUGCAAGACCAUGUAUGUCAACCUAUGUCUGCUGCUGACUGGUCCAAGGAUAUUCGAACUUGCAAGAUUUUACAUGCACAAUCUUUGAAUAAAUGGUUGAUUAUAUACAGUGACAGAGCUGAAAAUGUGACCGAGAACUUUUUGAGCUGCUUAAGAAGAGUUGGAAGUUCCAUGGGAUUUAAUGUGGACCACCCCAAAAUCAUAAAAGCACAAGAAAAUCCAGCUGCAUUCCUUAACACUAUACAGAAACAUGUCUCUCCUGAUAUUCAGUUGUUAAAGUCCCUGAUGGUGGUCGGUAUUGAUAUCUGUAAAGAUGAAUUCAGCAAAGGAAUGGUGGUGGUUGGCUUUGUAGCCAGUAUUAAUGUCAGAAUCACCAGGUGGUUUUCCCGCUGUAUCCUUCAGACAACAUCAACUAGUGUUGCAGAUUGCUUAAAAGUUUUCAUGACUGGGGCGCUUGACAAGUGGUACAAGUACAACCAUGGUUUGCCAGCACGGAUAAUUGUGUAUCGUGGUGGUGUAGGGGAUGGGCAGCUGAAAACACUUAUUGAAUACGAAGUUCCACAGCUGCUGAGCAGUGUGACAGAAGCAAGUUCAAGCACCAGCUCCAGGCUGUCGGUGAUCGUGGUCAGGAAGAAGUGCAUGCCACGAUUCUUUACAGAAGUGAACCGCACCGUACAGAACCCACCGCCGGGCACCGUGGUGGAUUCAGAAGCAACGCGUCCUGAAUGGUAUGACUUUUACUUGAUCAGCCAGGCGGCCUGCCGGGGAACUGUGAAUCCCGUCUACUACAACGUCAUCUAUGAUGACAAUGGCUUGAAGCCCGACCACAUGCAGAGACUUACAUUCAAACUCUGCCACCUGUACUACAACUGGAUAGGCUUAAUCAGUGUCCCAGCACCGUGUCAGUAUGCACACAAGCUGACCUCUCAGGUGGCACAGAGCAUUCAUAAAGAACCAAGCUUGGAAUUAGCCAAUUCUCUCUUCUACCUGUGAUAACCUGAGACCUCGGCAUCCCUGAAUCCCCGAGUGAAGAAUCCGAGGAACAGUUGGUACACUUUCUUCAUCUCUGCCACAAGCUGCGAUGGGGAAAAGGGCGUAGUUUUAACUUCUGGAAAAAAAACCCUGAACAACUUAAUCUGAAGUGGUUCAAAAGAAAUGUAUGUUGUUUUAUUUUAAAGAAUUACAUGCUUGGGGUAAAUCUGCACUGUGGCAUAUGGAAUUAAGAUGUACCAUUGACCUGUAAGUAAUUCCACAAAGCUAAAUAUCCUCUAAGAAAAUAAGUGUUUGUGUGAUGUUUUGAUGGUAGGUAAAUGGGGUUUAGUUCCCACCUUAGAUUUUGUAGAAGUUUUCUUAAAUAAUGUUGUAGAGUGUUUUGUAGAGUGGUUUAAAUAGUUAUUAGACAAUAAAGAAA